CGCGCUCGCCUCACUACAAUUUGCAAAUUUAUGGCCGUUUUCAAAGCAAACUUGUAAACAAACAAGCGGAAGGUGAUGGCGAAAAAAUAGAAACAAAAGCUGUUGCACAUUUAUAAUUUCUCAAAUUUAAUUUACCAUAAAUAGCAUAGUAUUUCCAUUUUCAAUAAUUAUAAGAAAAGUUUCGUUAACGUAUAAAUUCUAACCUAUAAUAUGAUGCAGUGUUAUUUUUUGAAACAUGGGUACUACCGAGAGUAUGAAACUCUUCUUCAAACCCACAGAUGCUGAAAGAUUUUUCGGUUAACAAAUUAAUGUAGAGAUCAUCCGAGUCAAGGACAUUUUUGUAUCAAGUGUUGUACAAAGACAGCGAAGAAAAUGGAUCAGAUGCUACCGAGUCCAGGGUUUAGUAUACCCAGCAUAGGCACUCCACUGCAUCAACCAGAGGAGGAUCAACAAAUCCUGCCUAAUGCCUUGCAACAACAACAACAACAGCAACAACCUCAGCAACAACAACAACAAUAUCAACUACAACAAUUACAUACUAUGAGUCCAAAUAUGCAGAGCGGUAUGCUAAUGAUCGGAACGCCUCAAAAAACAAUGCAUGCUUAUGCAACUGCACCCACUUUUGCAACGCCACAGAGUCUUAUGCAGCCACAAACACCGCAAAACAUGAUGUCUCCAUUAGUACAAAAUAACAAUCACAUUGCACCUUCGUCAAUAGGACCAUCCACUCCAGGUCCUAUGACGCCAAUGACGCCAGCUUCUGCUGAUCCAGGAAUUUUACCACAGCUACAGAAUAUCGUUUCUACAGUUAAUUUAAAUUGCAAGUUAGAUUUGAAAAAAAUAGCUCUCCAUGCAAGAAAUGCAGAAUAUAAUCCAAAGAGAUUUGCUGCAGUUAUUAUGAGGAUAAGAGAGCCAAGAACUACUGCCUUGAUAUUCAGUAGUGGGAAAAUGGUUUGUACAGGAGCAAAAAGUGAAGAAGACUCACGGCUAGCUGCAAGAAAGUAUGCAAGGAUUAUUCAGAAGCUUGGAUUUCCUGCAAAGUUCCUAGAUUUUAAAAUACAAAAUAUGGUGGGCAGUUGUGACGUGAAGUUUCCAAUUAGAUUAGAAGGCUUGGUGCUCACUCAUGGACAAUUCUCCUCAUAUGAGCCAGAACUCUUUCCUGGAUUAAUAUAUCGAAUGGUCAAACCUAGAAUCGUAUUACUCAUUUUUGUCUCAGGAAAAGUGGUCUUAACUGGGGCGAAAGUUCGACAAGAAAUUUACGAAGCAUUUGAUAACAUCUACCCGAUCCUGAAGAGCUUUAAGAAACAGUGAUUUGAUUUUAUAUGUUAAUGUUACGCCUUUCAACGAAAAAGUCUAGUUUUGCCUUUGAAAGCAGCAGAGAACAGUUCUAUCAGUUUCUAUAGUGUAAAUCCCGAAAAUCAUAUUAAAGUUUUUUAUGAAACAACUACAUGAAUUAUCCAAAUAACUUUUCUUUUAUGGAAAGAUCACUGAAGUGUCUUCUCGAUAUAGUGCAGUGCCUUGAUCGAGAGAUAGUCAAUUUUUUUAAAUUUGUUCUUAACUUAUCUAUAUUUAUAUAACUUAAAGAUUAUGAACGUAGAAUUAGUUCUUCCUUAGAGAAUGCCAAGUGUAACCAAUUAUUUUUUACGUUGCUGGAAAUUGUUAAUACUUUACAUACAUAUAAAACUUUAGGCAGCUCGUCGAGUUUGUAAAAAAUUUCAACUGCAUUUUGAUACAUUGUAUAUGGAAUAGUUAUUGUAAGAAGACGUGGAUUAUAUAUAAAUACGAAAAUUAUACAAAUUUUCUAUUGUGAAAAUAUAUAUUUAAUUGCAUUAAAAAU